AGUAAAUCGGGCGAGUAGGGAACCGGGCGCAGGAACUGCCGCGGCGGCCGAGAGUGGUGCUGCCCGGACGGGGGGCCCACGGGGGUCAGUGGGGCGGAGGACUCGGGAGCUGACAGCGCCCACUUCACCCUCAGUUGCGGUAGAGAAGAUAGCUCGUUGAGCUGGAACCCCACAGAUCACCAGUAAAAAUGAAGGCGGCGGAUGAGCCUGCCUACCUGACAGUGGGGACUGAGGUCAGUGCCAAGUACCGAGGUGCCUUCUGUGAGGCAAAGAUUAAGACUGUGAAAAGGCUGGUAAAAGUUAAGGUACUCCUGAAACAAGAUAAUACUACACAGUUGGUGCAAGAUGACCAAGUAAAGGGUCCUUUAAGAGUUGGGGCUAUUGUUGAAACAAGGACAUCUGAUGGAUCCUUUCAGGAAGCUGUUAUCAGCAAGUUGACAGAUGCUAGUUGGUAUACUGUGGUGUUUGAUGAUGGUGAUGAGCGAACACUGAGACGCACCUCACUUUGCCUAAAAGGAGAGCGGCAUUUUGCCGAGAGCGAGACACUUGACCAGCUUCCAUUAACAAAUCCAGAGCAUUUUGGAACUCCAGUAAUUGCAAAGAAGACAAACAGAGGAAGGAGGUCCUCCUCGCUACCUGUUAAUGAAGAUGAAAAAGAAGAAGAAAGUAGUGAAGAGGAAGAUGAGGAUAAGCGACGUCUCAACGAUGAAUUAUUAGGAAAAGUUGUAAGUGUGGUAUCUUCAUCUGAGAAGACUGAAUGGUAUCCUGCUUUGGUAGUAUCUCCCAGCUGUAAUGAUGAUAUCACAGUGAAAAAAGACCAGUGUUUAAUUCGGUCAUUUAUUGAUUCUAAAUUUUAUUCCAUACCAAGAAAGGAUAUCAAGGAAGUAGAUAUUCUCAGUCUACCUGAAUCUGAGCUCUCUGCUAAACCAGGGCUACAGAAAGCAAGCAUCUUCUUAAAAACUAGAGUUGUUCCUGAUAAUUGGAAAAUGGAUAUAAGUGAAAUCCUUGAGUCAUCUAGUAGUGAUGAUGAGGAUGGUCCAGCUGAAGAAAAUGAGGAAGAAAAGGAAAAGGAGGCCAAAAAAGAAGAAGAGGAGAUGCCUGAGGAAGAACUUGAUCCUGAAGAGAGGGACAGCUUCCUCCAACAGCUUUAUAAGUUUAUGGAAGACAGAGGUACUCCAAUCAACAAACCACCUGUUUUGGGCUAUAAAGAUCUCAAUCUCUUCAAACUCUUCCGACUGGUUUAUCAUCAAGGUGGAUGUGACAAUAUUGAUAGUGGUGCUGUAUGGAAGCAAAUUUAUAUGGACCUUGGCAUUCCUAUUUUGAAUUCAGCUGCUUCCUACAAUGUAAAAACUGCUUAUAGAAAGUAUCUCUAUGGUUUUGAGGAAUACUGCCGUUCUGCAAAUAUUCAAUUCAGAACUGUCCACCACCAUGAACCAAAAGUAAAAGAGGAAAAAAAAGACUUAGAAGAAUCCAUGGAAGAGGCUCUAAAAGUAGAUCAAGAAAUGCCUUUAGUAGAAGUGAAGAGUGAACCUGAGGAAAAUAUUGAUUCAAACAGUGAAAGUGAACGAGAUGAAGCAGAAUUAAAAUCUCCCAGGGGACGAAGGAGAAUUGCUCGAGAUGCAAAUUCUAUUAAAAAGGAAAUUGAGGAAGAGAAAACAGAAGACAAAUUAAAAGAUAAUGAUACAGAAAAUAAGGAUUUAGAUGAUGACUGUGAAACUGCAGAGAAAAAAGAAAAUGAGCUGCUACUGGGGAGAAAAAAUACACCAAAGCAAAAGGAGAAGAAAAUUAAAAAGCAGGAGGAUUCUGACAAAGACUCAGAAGAAGAGGAAGAGAAAAGCCAAGAGAGGGAAGAAACUGAAAGCAAAUGUGACUCUGAAGGGGAGGAAGAUGAGGAAGACACAGAACCCUGCCUAACAGGAACCAAAGUGAAAGUAAAAUAUGGACGAGGGAAAACACAGAAAAUCUAUGAAGCCAGUAUUAAAAGCACUGAAAUUGAUGAUGGAGAAGUUUUAUAUUUGGUACAUUACUAUGGAUGGAACGUCAGGUAUGAUGAAUGGGUGAAGGCCGACAGGAUAAUCUGGCCAUUGGACAAAGGUGGACCAAAGAAAAAACAGAAGAAAAAAGCUAAAAAUAAAGAAGACAGUGAAAAGGAUGAAAAGAGGGAUGAGGAGAGGCAGAAGUCAAAACGGGGACGACCUCCUUUAAAAUCUGCUCUUUCACCAAACAUGCCGUAUGGUUUGUCUAAGACGCCAAACAGUGAAGGAAAAUCAGACUCCUGUUCAUCUGAUAGUGAAACAGAAGACCUUUUAGAAAAGAAUUUGAUGAAUGAAGAACUUUCUCCUGAUAUUAAAGAAGAAUUAGAAAAAAAUGAAAAUUUAAAUGAUGAUAAACUAGAUGAAGAAAAUCCAAAGAUUGCUGCACAUAUGUUAAAAGAAAAUGAUAGGACUCAAAUGCAGCCUUUAGAAACCUUGAAGUUACAAGUUGAAGAGAAUGAACAAAUAGUACAGAUUUUUGGAAAUAAAGUGGAACAAGUAGAAGAAGUUAAGAAAGAGGCAGAAAAAUCUCCUAAAGGAAAGGGAAGGCGAAGCAAGACAAAAGAUCUUCCUUUAGAAAUUACCAAGGUGUCAUCAUUUACCCAGGAUGAAGCAGGAAGUGAACCUCAUAUAGAAGCUCAGAAUCUAGAAUUUUCAUUAGACAGUAAAAACUUUUCUUCUGCUGCUGAAGAUGAAAUUGAUCAAUGUGCAAAAGAAAAAAAGUUGAAACGUAAAAUCCUGGGGCACUCAUCACCAGAGAAAAAAAUAAGAAUUGAGAAUGGAAUUGAAAUGACAAAUAGCAUAUCUCAAGAAAGGACCAGUGAUUGUGUUGCAUCUGAGGGAAUGAAGAACUUAAAUUUUGAACAACACUUUGAAAUAGAAAAUGAAGGCAUGCCAUCAUUAAUAGCAGAGUCAAACCAGUGUGUUCAAGAAUUGACUAAGGAAAAAUCUGAUAGUCCAGCUGAAGAAACUGUAAAUAUUCCACUAAAAGAAGAGGAGGAUGCAAUGCCUCUGAUUGGGCCUGAAACCUUGGUUUGCCAUGAAGUAGAUUUGGAUGAUUUGGAUGAAAAAGAUAAGACCAGCAUUGAGGAUGUAGCAGUGGAAAGCUCUGAGUCUAACUCUCUUGUUUCUAUUCCGCCUGCCCUACCUCCUGUAGUACAGCAUAACUUCUCAGUAGCUUCACCACUUACUCUCAGCCAAGAUGAGUCUCGAAGUAUAAAAAGUGAGAGUGACAUAACCAUUGAAGUUGAUAGUAUUGCUGAAGAAUCUCAAGAAGGUCUCUGUGAGAGGGAAUCAGCCAAUGGAUUUGAAACCAGUGUUGCCUCUGGUACUUGUAGUAUAAUUGUUCAAGAAAGAGAGAGCAGGGAGAAGGGUCAGAAAAGACCAAGCGAUGGAACUAGUGGAUUGCUGGCAAAAAAGCAGAAGCGAACCCCAAAGCGAACAAAUGCUGUAGCCAAAAAUGAAAAGAAUGGAGCAGGACAAAGCAGUGAUAGUGAAGAUCUUCCUGCCCUAGACAAUUCAAGUAAAUGUACUCCAGUAAAGCAUCUUAGUGUAUCAAAGCCACAGAAGCUUGUACGGUCUCCUGCAAGAAUAUCCCCUCACAUCAAAGAUGGAGAAAAAGAUAAACAGAAGGAAAAACAUCCGAAUUCAUCCCCUCGGACAUAUAAGUGGAGCUUUCAACUCAAUGAAUUAGAUAAUAUGAACAGUACAGAGAGAAUCUCUUUUCUCCAAGAAAAACUACAGGAAAUCAGAAAAUAUUACAUGUCUUUGAAGUCUGAAGUUGCAACCAUAGAUAGGAGGAGAAAAAGAUUAAAAAAGAAAGACAGAGAAGUGUCUCAUGCAGGAGCCUCCAUGUCAUCUGCUUCUUCAGACACUGGAAUGAGUCCCUCCUCCUCAUCGCCCCCCCAGAAUGUCCUUGCUGUAGAAUGCAGGUGAUAAACAUUUUGUCUGCCUUCACAGCAGUUUGCUGCCAUGGACAUAAAUCCCCAAACCCUGAAAUACAACCACAGAAAGCACUCAACUGGUUUGACAUUGCUAAGUAUAUCCUGUACACUUCUCCAGGCUGAAUUGUAUCUAUCCCCUUCUCUUUUCUUUUUCUCUGUUGCAAAAAAUAAGCUGAUUAAUAAUUGAAGUUUAGGCAGCCUGCCAUAUUUGUCAUAAUUUUUCCUUUUUAACUUUUUUUCUUUUUUUUGUGAAGAUAGAAAAAGGGCACUUAGCAAAUUUGAAUUUGUAUAAUAAAGCUUUCAGGUGUUAUAGAAAUCAUAGACAAGCAAGUGCACAUGAUAAACAUCAAAAUAUUAUCCAGCUGAAUAGUUACUGCUGCACUUUCACUGAGAUGUAUUUGAACACUUGGUGAGUAGGGGGUUUAUGUUGUGUUUUUUUAUUGUUGUUGUUGUUUUUAUUUUUGUGGAAGCACUUGCUAUUUAGAACUGCCAAAGUAUAUGUUCAGCAGUGUGCCCAGGUUUAAGGUGUAAAUGGGACAAAAUAAAUUGUGAAAGGAAGUGUAGUUGACUGAAAACUACAGUUGUAAUAAGUCUUCCACUUUUUAUAGGAUUUUUGAGCACACAAUUAUGCAAAUAUUUUAAUGUUUAUUAAUGUUUACAGUGGAAUUGUGAAUAAGUUUUCAGUGGACUAUCUUAUCCCUUGACAAAAAUAUUUUGUCUUUUUUCUAUGUAAUUUCAGAGUUUUUAUUUUGUUACAAAAUACAAAAAUGAAAUAUAUAACAACAAUGAAGUUAUUUAACAAGAUUUCUAAAGCUGAAAAUUUUGUGUAAAAUAAGGUAUUAUCUUGCAACUUGUUAAAUAUAUUUAUUCAGACAUUGGAUGUUGUAUUUUUAUGUAUUUUUUAAAAUAUUAAUAAAAUUGAAAAAAAGAAAAUUCUAGGUUAAUUCACUCUUCGAAUGACAAUAGCUCUCAGCUGUCCCUCUUACAGGAGGUUGCCUGCAGCGGCUUGCCUGUAUUGAAGGGAGUCUGUCUCAGUCCUUCUAACAGUGUAGAACUACAAAUGGGCAUCUGGAUCAUUAAAGUAUGUCCUCGUUUAGAAACUUUGGCAGUCCUAGUAUUCAAACUGUUUUGAGGAUCAAAUUUUUGGUUGCCCUUAAGAUAUUUUGUCACAGUUUUUAUGUUUGCUAUACUGCCGAAUAAAUUUAUAUCUCCCAAAGUUGAGAUGCAACAACUAAGUAAAGCAACUAUGUAUGCUUUGUUUGUGAAUUGUUUCACAGACUGAUACAUUUUGUAAAUAAUUCUUCCAAAAUCAUGUAUUUAAAGCAGUUUUGCCAUAUACAUUAUGUAAAAAGGUGAUUUUUUAAAUCAGUUUUUAAAUUCAUGUUUGUACAUUGAAAGGGGUUUUUUUUUAAACCGCCUUUUCUGUGUUUAAUAUGCUGUAGAGUAAUAACCUAGAUGCUCUAGACUGUAUAUCAGGAUCUGAUUUACAAGAACAAAGUCAGAGCCAAACACUAGUGAUGGCAUAGCAUUACUGAAAUCAUUGUUUCUUAAUUUCAUUUUACCACAUUGUGAACUUGUGAUUCAGAUUCCUUCCAUUUUCGCAGAGAAUUAAAAACAAAAAAGUACUCUUGUAAAAUGCACUUUUCUGUCUUUUCUUUGCAAAGCAGAAGUAUUUCAAUGUAAAAUAAAAAUGGAGCUCAGUGGGCAGUAUUAAUAAAGGCCAUGUUUUAAACAUA